AUGCUGGACCAGUCCCAACCUCGAAAGGGUCAUACCACCCUCAAGUCCACCACCCUUCAGGCGUGGAUGUACAACCACACGUCCAAUAUUGUCACCUACGCCUGGGAUGACAAUGAUUCUACAAACAGAGGGACUGGCAUGGAUCUCCUCACCAAGCAUGGGCUCUUUCAUGAGCUUAAGAAUCAAGUGGUUCAUUGCAAAGGACUCGAGCGGACCCCGGACCCCAAGCUCUACUAUGGCCGCCAUGAGAUCCUCCUGAUGUUCAAGUAUAUGCUCGCUGCCUCCGCAUCCGACGCAUUCCACCGUAUGGUCGGUCUGCAGAAUUCAGUCCGCAUACUCUUCACUUUCGUCACCACCUGUCGGUCUUCCACCCUUGGCCCAACAGAAAAGAAAUAUGCAGACUACGGCGAGUUCAUCUGUCUAAAGGACGUCAAGAUCAUUCAACAAAAGCCGGGGGAAUACACCUCAAAACUUCAUUUCCACCACUUCAAGGGCUCUAUCAACACAGUCGAGGCCGACGAGCAAAGAUUCACCAUCCAGCAAGUACUCUAUGCCCACAAUGCUACAUUUGAUCUCACUACAUGGCUCAUCGCCGACCUUUUCGCUCGCAAUGCCUUUGCGAAAAAAUUCCUCAAAGUCAACGAGGGAGCAAGCUCCUUUAUGGUACCAUACCAGCCUUCGCCUGCUUCUGCCCAUGGUGCAGCCAUAUCUCAUAUGGCCAAGAAAGCUGGUCUACCUCCAGCUGGCUCAAUGGCCAUCCGCCAUGAAAGCGGGAAUAGGUUUGGUAUUGCCCAGGGCAUACAGUAUGCAAAGGAUGUGAUGAACCAUCACACCGUCACUGACGGCAUCUAUCGCCGCCACUACUCUAUGAAUACCGACAACUUCCAACCCCAGGCAGUGGUGCUAGGAGAAGUGGCCGGCGCCAAUGAUGCCUACCCUGGCCAACAGUACAAGAUCCAUGAUGAAAUGCAUGCUCUGACCAAGAUGGCUGUUCAAUCUCUGCUCCGCAUCCGUGAUUCAGACAAGGAAACCAACCUCAAAGCCUCUGCUUCUCCAGAAAUGGUUGAGGUUCUGUCGCGCCGCAAUGAGGUUGUCGAGGAAUUUAUCGAAUGUUUCACUGGCCCUGUUAUGGCGUAUGACCUCACCAGCCUAGCACAGUUGAACAAUGUGUACAACGAAGCAUGUGAACAUGCUGACGCUUCAAUUUCUGAGAAAGGCCUCAUCAUGUUUAAAGACGGAAUGAGGGGUACAGCGGCCACGUUGCACGAAGAGAUCAACAAGCGGUGCCAAGAAAUUGUCAACAAACGUCGCGCUGUAACUCGCAAGCUCAAACGAGAAGCAGAUCAGAAACAGAGCAAAUCUUUGCGCGACGGCCAUUUUGCUGGCACUGUUGCAGAAGCCCAUGCUGCACUGGCAAAACUUGACGCCAUUGCUGAAGAGAUUCUGCCCACAAAAGGACCCCAUCAAGACUUCAAUGCCUGGAAGGAAAACCUCGAACGGAGCUACCUGCAAGAGGCUGCCGAGGCUGCUGAAGAUGAGUACAAUGCAGACGACGACUUGUUCAAGAGUGUUCAGGAAAAGGUCACGGAUUGUAACCCACAGCCCGAACCUCUAGUUGUUUAUGCCGAUGGAGCUGACCUAGCCGACGAGAGUUUGGAGACUGACACCUAUAAGCUGCCUAUCAGGGAGGUUCUUGAUCACCUCUUGCACAUGCUGCUCGAGCCGAUAUUCCACCAGCGGCAUGACCAAUUUCAUUCACCAUGGAUGGAACUCGAGCUAGCAAUGGUCAAGCCCAGCUUCGAUGGCAAAUACCACUGCCCUGCAGGCUGCAACUUUUCGUUCGAAAGCAUUGUCAAAGUCCGCAAUCACGCCGUCAGCGACAUGUGCGCCAAAAAGGACGAGCAUCUUGCCUUGAAGCUGGCCCAUCAAGCAGCUACCGAAAAGUAUAACAAAUACGAACCCCAUGCAAAAAACAUCAGGGACCGUAGAAAGAAACUCAACGCCAUGGAAGACUCUGACGAGGAGGAUGAGUUUGAAAGUGCCAAAGCUACGAAAGCCCUGCAGGCGAUCCAUGAUUUCAUAGAAGAGGGGAGGCACCUAACUGCAGGCAUCACGGGCGAUGACAACUGGGACACUGUUCAGUCAUGGGAGUAG